AUGCCCCCAGCAAAGAAGCGGAAGACUCGGGCCGCCGCCAAGGCGGAGAAAGCACUGGAUGCAGCCUCGACAAUAGACCAACAGAAGGCCCAGGACGCCGACAACGAAACGAAGAAAGAGGUCGACACAGGAGCCUCAAAUACCGACGCAGAUGCGCCACCAGUUGAUGCAGCAGCCACUGGAGGCGAAUCGUCCACAUCCACCAACGACGACCCGGCAACAAAAGCACAAGACCGCCUAGCCCGCUUCAAGGCCCUCCAAGCCCGGGCAAAGAGCUCGACGGAACAAAACUUCAAAGAAGCGACGCGGGAGGCGCAGCGCGUCGCGACCGACCCCAGUCAGCUGACGGCCCUCAACCGCCGGCGGGCCAUCGCCUCGCACAAGCUGCUCAAGGCGGACAUUGAAGAUGCCGGGGGCGACUUUGAGCGCAAGCGGGCGUGGGACUGGACGGUCGAGGAGAGCGAGAAGUGGGACAGGCGGCUCGAGAAGAAGGCGGCGCACCGCGACAACACGGCGUUCGCCGACUACCACGCCGAGGCCAACAAGAUGUACAAGGCCCAGCUCAAGCACGUCACCCCGAACAUGGAACGCUACGCGAAGGACAAGAUGGCGGCCAUCGAGCGCGCGGCGGCGUCGGGCGGGCUGGACAUCGUGGAGACGGAGGACGGCGAGCUCAUCGCCAUCGACAAGGACGGGUCGUUCUACUCGACUGCGGAUUCGACCACGUUUGCCCAGAACAAGCCGGACAGGGCGGAUGUGGACCGCCUCGUGGCCGACUUGCGCAAGGCGGAGGAGGCACGUCUCAAGAAGAGGCGCGAGCGGAUGGCCAAGGACGGGGACGACGGAGAUGUCACGUACAUCAACGACAAGAACAAGCAGUUCAACCAGAAGCUCGCACGGUUUUACAACAAAUAUACCACGGAGAUUCGGGACAGUUUCGAGCGGGGCACCAUGAUUUGAUGACGGGCAAAGGUCAGGACGGAGGGCAUUCAGGUUUUGUUGCAUGGCUGUAUCCUACCAGCAGUAAUGGGAUAUUCUUGGCUACGGCGUUUUGCGAGGUAUUGCGAGGUUUUCGUGGUGGUACAGUCUACCGAAUGGGGCCGUGCGAACUAUAGUACAAUAGAUAAAGCGUCAAAUGAAGAGAAAGAAAGAACCCCCUUAAUUUUG